AUGGGACCUUUCAAUGGUGACGACGGCAACAACGGCAACGGAAACGGCAACGGCACCACAGCCAGUCGCCCCGGAACGCUCAGCAAGCCGCUGGCGGACCUCAUGGGCAGCUGGGACGACUUCGCGUUUGCGCCGAUCCGCGAGAGCACCGUGUCGCGGGCCAUGACGCGGCGGUACUUUGCGGACCUGGACGCGUACGCCGAGUCGGACGUGGUGAUCGUCGGCGCGGGGUCGUGCGGGCUGUCGGCGGCGUACACGCUGGCCACGCUGCGGCCCAGCCUGCGCAUCGCCGUCGUCGAGGCCGGCGUCGCGCCCGGCGGCGGCGCCUGGCUCGGCGGGCAGCUGUUCAGCGCCAUGGUCAUGCGCAAGCCGGCCGACGUGUUCUUGGCAGAGGUCGGCGUGCCGUUUGAAGACGAGGGCGACUAUGUUGUCGUCCGCCACGCUGCGCUGUUUACGAGUACCGUCCUGGCGCGUGUGCUUGCGCUGCCCAAUGUCAAGCUGUUCAAUGCUACGGCUGUCGAGGACCUCAUCACCCGCCCCGUGGUGGCGGCGGACGGCAGUACCAGCGUGCGUGUCGCUGGCGUCGUCACCAACUGGACCCUGGUUAGCAUGCACCACGAUGACCAGUCCUGCAUGGACCCGAACACCAUUAAUGCGCCCUUGGUGAUCUCGACGACGGGCCACGACGGCCCGUUUGGCGCCUUCUCCGUCAAGCGCCUCGUCAGCAUGCGGCAGGUCGAGACGCUGGGCGGCAUGCGCGGGCUCGACAUGGGGGCGGCCGAGGACGCCAUCGUCAAGGGCACGCGCGAGGUCGUGCCGGGCCUGAUUGUCGGCGGUAUGGAACUGUCUGAGCUGGACGGUGCGAACCGCAUGGGCCCGACCUUUGGCGCAAUGGCACUCAGCGGCGUCAAGGCGGCAGAGGAGGCGCUCAAGGUCUUUGAUCUCCGGAAGGCGCAGAACGACGAGUGA